AUAGAGUGGUCAAGCCCCAAGAAUAAUAGGCUAUAUUACCAAACUGGAAAAGCAUUUUUCCAGUCUCUCUCAAUUUGGGCACUCAUAACAUGCGUCGUCAACAAUGGAGUUUUGCAGUUCCCACACUCCUAUUCUACCUCUCAACAUUCGUUUUCUCAGAUUCUAAUAAUGGAAACGGCUCUCAGGCUGAAAUCUCAAUCAAUUUCCUGCAAUCAGCAAAAAAGGAGGACCUUUUCAAUUGGAUGGUCAAAAUUAGAAGGGCCAUCCACGAGAAUCCGGAGCUUGGCUUUGAAGAGUUCGAGACCAGUAGACUGAUUAGAGAUGAGCUUGAAAAACUGGGGAUUCCCUAUACUCAUCCUUUGGCUGUUACCGGUAUAGUGGGCUCUAUUGGAACAGGAAACCCUCCCUUUGUGGCCAUCAGAGCAGAUAUGGAUGCUCUCCCUAUUGAGGAGAAGGUAGAGUGGAAGCAUAAGAGUAAAUUUCCUGGAAAAAUGCAUGCUUGUGGACAUGAUGCUCAUGUUGCUAUGCUUCUCGGUGCUGCAAAAUUACUUCAAGAACACCGAAAUGAAUUGCAGGGGACCGUCCUUUUGGUUUUCCAACCUGCUGAGGAGGGAGGGGGAGGUGCAAAGAGAAUGCUUGAUGCUGGGAUUCUCGAGGGUGUUGAUGCCAUCUUCGGUCUGCACGUCAGUCCUAUUCAUCCUGUUGGAACGGUUGCCAUCCGUCCGGGCCCUAUAUUGGCUGGGAGUGGAUUCUUUAGUGCACAAAUUAGUGGAAAAGGGGGUCAUGCGGCUAUUCCUCAGAAUACCAUAGACCCAAUCUUAGCAGCUUCAAGCAUAAUUGUCAGUUUGCAACACCUAGUUUCACGGGAGGCUGAUCCUCUUGAUUCACAGGUAGUAACUGUAUCAAAGUUCCAAGGUGGCAAUGCAUUCAAUGUUAUACCGGAUUCUGUAACUAUAGGUUAUUGUGAGACAAGCGGCCGUUCAAAGGUGCAAUGCCACUUCUUUAGCAUUGCCGAACACAUGGUGGGUGCUAAGAAAAUCUUGGAAAGAAAACCGACAAUGGGUGCCGAAGAUUUUUCAUUUUUCGCGGAGGCUGUUCCUGGCUAUUUCUACUUUGUUGGGAUGGCUAAUGAUACUCGGGGAGGAACCGUGCUUCCACACUCCCCCUUCUUUGAAUUGAACGAAGACGUGCUACCUUAUGGUGCAGCUUUACAUGCAUCAUUGGCAGCAACAUACCUUCUUCGGUUACACAAAAAAUCAAAUGCGCGGGAGACCCAAUUUCACGAUGAACUCUGAGGUGCUCCAGCACCAGGCCCGUGUUCUUUUAAAAAUCAAGAUAUUCAUUCCUGCUCAAGUUUUGAGUAAUAAAAAGUGUAAAUGUGUAAGUAUGUGUAUUAUUCGUAUCAGGCUUAUGUUGCAAAUCCAUCUAGUGUUCUGCGCGGGAAUGUGGUGUGUAUUUUUUGUUUUGGAGUAUAUAGUUGAGGGAGAAAGUGUAAAAUACAAGUAAAACAUUGAGAAAAAAUCAAAAUAGGGAGAAUGA